AUGGCAAGCAAACGUCGACUCUCUGCCCCCGUGGCACCAGCACCUCCACCGCCGAGUAAUGAUGCUCGUAAUGAUGCUCUUCCUUCGCCAGGGAGCAUUCCGGGAGAUUCUGCGUGCCCUCCGUCUUCGUCCAAUGGCACGUUCAACUCAAAGCUGUUCGACCGGGCCGAGAAGCUCGCCCGCAUGACCAUGGAGCUCAAGGUUCACAAAGUCCUCGCGCAGGCCAACGAUCUGGCCCGCGGGCUCGAAGACCUGACGCGCAAGACAGAGCGCAACGAGACUUUCCGCCAGCAAAAUGAGGAACGCAUGGAGAGGGUCUGGCGCGACAUCCUGUCCGUCAAGGCCAAUUUUCAGCAGCACCUGGACUCGACGGCAGGAGACAGGCUCGAUGCCAGGGAGUACCAAAAGGAGGUCAUGGAGGUGAAGAGCUCCAUGGGCGAGGUCAGGAAGCUGGUGGACGAAUUGGUCGGCAAGGUAGACCAGCUGCCGACCCUGGCCGAGGCGAACGCUGUGCUGGCGGGCGUGAGUGCGCAGAGGGAGGCGUGUGAGGCGGCCGCUGCGGUUUGUCAGGAGCGCCGUGAGUUUGAGGUGCGAGCUGGUGGUACGUGUGGCGGCCGCGUCGUCGUCGUGCAAGCUGACUGA